AUGGGGCCCCCGGGCAAUAGGGGAUCAUGGGGCCCCUGUGUCCUAGCCCACACUCAAACUACACCCAAAAAAUCCUAUGAAAGGUACCAGGGUCUCAACAGAUCUCCUCCCCACACAUAACACAUAGCUGAGAUCAAAUUCCCCAAAGUAUCGAUCUGCACAGGGGCGGACUGACAACUCAUGGGGCCCCCAGGCAAUAGGGAAUCAUGGGGCUCCUGUGUCCUUGCCCACACUCAAAAAAAGCCUAAAAGUUACCAGGGGCAUUUCAUGGGGCCCCCUACUGACCCUGGGCCCUCGGGCAGUGCCCGAGUUCUCGAAAGGUCAGUCUGCCCC